AUGACUGCAUUGUUUCUGUACCUGAUGAAGGCUUGCUGGGGCAACUACCGUCCUACCGCAUCUCAGGCCCUGGCUCAAAUCAAAAAAAUUAGGUGCUACACUCAGAUGCAGUGGGUUAUGCCUCCGCUGGUGGACCAGAUCAGGUUCCAAACGCGUCAACUCAACCUUCCCACGAUGGGGGGCCAACAGCAGCAUCAGCAGCCCGGCGGCCUUCACGAGCUGCAAGCCGGAUCCCUCAACACUGGAAACGGCAUGGUCCAGCCCAGCACGGGCGCUCAUCACCCCCAGAACGCGUUCAAUCCCGCUGCCCCCAUGCAUGGUGGCAUGGACGGUCAGCAGCAGGCUGGCAACCACCUCGCCAUGCCGCAGGGUAAUCAGCUCCCUCAGCCUGGCAUGCUCAACCCAGGCGCUCCGGUCAAUAUGCAGACCAUCGAACAGGCCCAGCGGGUCCGGGCACACAUGCAUGAUUUAGAGGGCCAACUCAACCAGCUGCAUGAUGCUCGCGCAGGCAUGUCCGAUAAAUUCUCCCUCAGCCGAUUAUCCCAGCUCCAGGAUGCCAUACAGCGGCAGAGGGCGAUGGUGCAACAACUUGCAGCGCGUAUCAACAAACUCCGCUCGCAGCAUACGCAACAGAUGCCGAGCACGCUGGUCAACGCAAUGAACCCGACAAUGGGUCAAUCGAUACCCCCUCAUUCGUCUUCGCCACCGCUUCACCCACGGUCGGCGAACGUGGGUCAACCCGGAUGGUCUCCGCCUGGCUCCCAGCAGCCCUUUCCCGGUCAGCCGACGCAGCGUCAGCCUACUCCGCACUUUCAGGGCAUGAGCCAGCCGCACCUGCCUAACAUGCAACCCAGCCCUAGGCAGAUUCCUCCCCACCCUCAGCUGCAGUCGCCGCCGCAGAUAUCCGCUCGAACGACCCCGCACCCGAACCUCAUCCCUCCUCAACCCAUCGUUAGUCAACCCAUUGCUAGUGCCCAGCCGAUGAUGGGCGCGACCCAUAUGGAUCAGAUACAGUGGGUCAUGCCUCCGCCGGUGGACCAGAUCAAGUUCUCGACUGCGUAUCGCACGAAAUGCAACCAGAAGGCCAUUCAGCAUGACAAGCGGUUGAUGGAGAUUGACCAUCGACCGGUCGACCAUUAUGAGGUUAUGCGAGAAGGUGGUCGGAAACAGGUGACGCAGAAAGAGUUGUGGCCCGUCAUCGGUGGACGUCUGGGCUUUGUCGCUUUCCCCGGAAACGGGCACGAGCCCGCCAAAUGUCUACAAUUGCAACAGCGUCCGGGCAUGGCCGCGAACGGUCAAUCGGUGAGGCCGGCUCAGCGGCCCGCAGAUGUAGCGACGAUGCAGCUCAUGCUGCAGCACGCGCACUCAACCGUGCAGCAGAUGCGCGCUGCCGGCUUGCAGGAGGAGCUCAUCGCGCUCAUCGAACGGCACCGUACCCAGCUGCAGCAGAGCGAGCAGCAGCGGGCGCAAAUGCCGUAUUCGACAAGACUCAGGGCGUGA